AUGGUGAAGCGGAAACGAGCGUGGCAGGAGUGUGCCGCGGAGCCCUCGCAGGAAUGGGACAGGUCGAACGACUUUCGCAGUCGCGCCGAUCCCUUCGUCUCCAACUACCUGGUGGAAGUGGACGAGCACCUGCGCGGGGUCGCCGGCGCGGACGAGAGGGCCCUGCUCGUAAGCAACGUGGCACAAGAGGUGCUGGGCGUGGAGUCCAAGGUGGCCGUGGAUGCGACGUGCAGCCGAAUUGUGGAGGGCAUGAUGCCUGAAAUGGGGACUGAGCAGCUGCUCAAGUUCCUUGAUGGGGUCCUGGAGGCGGACGCCUUGUGGUCGAUCGCCUCAAACCCUUAUGGCUCCCAUUUCUUGGAGACAAUGCUUCACAACCUGAGUUCUAGGCUCAAGACCUCUGGGCAUAACAUGGACAACGCAGUCGAGGUACUGCAACUGAUAGUGAAGCAUCUCAAGGCACAUUUGUACGAAUAUUUGAUGGAUCGUUACGCUACUCAUUUAGUGCGCAGCAUGCUGGUGCUGCUGUCUGGACGGGACGUGACUGUCAGGUCCAAGGCAUCACAAGCACAUGGCCAGAAAGACAGGGAACACAGAAUCGGGGCUCUGGAAGCAAAACUGGUGACCAAACAGGACACAAAUCAUGAUGAGCCUGUGUACAAGGAAUUGCUGCAGCAGUUGCUUGCAACGCUGACAACAGCUGACUAUGGUGGUGACUGCAUGGUAGUGUUGCGCUCAAGCCCCUAUGCAGGACCUGUGUUGCAGGGGUUUCUCCGAGCAGCUUCCUGGGACAGGGAACUGCUUUGUGAUCUUAUAUGGUCCGUUCUUGGUUUCGAUGGGGUUCCCGAUAAUUCGCAGCUAUUGUCUGCAAAGUCGAUAAUUCAUGGCAUCAUGGAGAGGAAAGAGAGCAGCCAUCUUGUGGAGACAGUGUUCUCAGUCGCACCAGAGGAAGUUCUGUCUGCCUUGUUCAGCCACGUUUUAAAUGGAUCUCUGCUGGAGCUGUCCAGGCACCCGUGUGCAAAUUUUGUAGUUCAGUCUGCUGCAGCAUCAGCAAGACUUCCAGAUCAGGUGGCAAUGCUUGUGGCUGAACUUGGGCCUCAUUUUGGGACUCUGUUGAUGGAGCAGCGUGCUGGUGUCGUUCUGUCUGUCCUUGCCUCAUGCCAAAGGAGGCAAGUGGCCCAGUUUGAGGCGUCCAACUUCCUUGCAGAUGGGCUCCAAAGCGUAAAGGCUGACAAAAAGUCUGCCAUGGGGGGAAUCUGUGCGCAGCUGUUGACCUUGAACAAUGGGGUGAAGUUAGGAGAGGAGGGUAAAGGAAGGCUUUCCCCUCUUGGCUGCAUCGUACUUACUACGGUGCUAUCAUUCCCCAAAAACGCCCAGCGGCCAUUUAUUUCAAGCAUUGUGAGCUUCAGCCGGGAAGUGCAUCGACACAUGGCCAGGGAUGCAGGAGGGGCCCGUGUCCUUGAGGCGUUCAUGGAGGGUAGCUCAAAGAAGAAAUCGAAACGCUUGGUGAUGGGACACCUGGAAGGCCUAUGGGCACAGAUGGCAGAGAAGGCAUCCGCAAGCCACCUUGUGGAAAAAUGUUUUGAUAGAAUGAACAUACAUGGAAAAGAGAAGAUUUUGAGUGAGGUGGUUGCCCGAAAGGCUGAAGUUUCAGCAACGCCAUGGGGUUGUGGACUCCUGAACCACUGCCGUGCUGGACUCUAUGAACGAAACAGAGACAAGUGGAAGGAGUGGGUAAAGAAGGGUGGCAGGGAGAUCCAGAAUUUCCUGGCAACUUUAGGCUUGGACGAUGGAAUGAAACAUUCAUCUAAACAAGUGAAAAACCAGGUCAAGGGCUAUGUUCAAGGUGGCACUGUGAGAAAGGAGCGAAAGGGGCCCAGAGUGGAGGAAAUGGAAACAGGCAUGGAUGAGAACGAAGCUGGGGAUGCCGAAAAGAGGAAUGCCAACAAUCCUGGGGCAGAGGAGGGCCCGACAGUCCAUCUCCAGCAAAAGGUUCCUGAUUUGAUGCUUGCCCCUGAGGUCACUGCCCAGUCAAGACUGGAAGAUCCGCCUGGUGGAGAGUCAGACAAAGAUAUUGACGCUCUGUUCGCCAGGCUGCCGAAGAGGAGACGUGUCAAGCAUGUAAAAAAAUUGGCAGCAAAGAAUAAGAAAUGA